AUGGAUUUGGGGACGGAGAAUCGCCUUGCGGCGUUGCUCCUCGAGGAGGCCCGGAGGCUGCGGAUGCAGGCGGAGAAGGAAGGGGUGCACGCCUAUCUGCAGAAACCUAACGUGAGGCACCGCCCCAACUCGCGGUUCCUUGCCGCCACCGUUCUUGGCGUUCAGCAAGCAAAUCGAGUUGUGGAGGUUAAUGAGAUGUGGCGUGCCAGGGAGAAGGAAAUGGAGCUCGAAUCAAAGAUGAAAGCCAGAACCAGUGGUCGAAUUGACUCGAGAUCCCUGAAACGGAAGAACGACUCAAGAGACCAGAGCCCUGUCUCUAAGAUCCAGCGAGACAGACCAUAUGGUGCUGGUGCAUCAUCUUCGUCGAGGGAUUCACAUAGCAGUUCUUAUUCGGGCCGGGAGGAUGGGCUAGGCGAUGAUGAAAUCGAAGAGUUUCUUCGAUCAAGGGUGAAGCGCGGACGAGGAGCCAUUGGUUCUAGAAUGGAUGAGCCCGGUCCAUACCUCAAGCCUCCAUGCGGUAGGCAAGACAAUUCAGCAAGUCCGGACGCAGGAGUGAAAGAAGACCGGAAGCGCCGAGUUUAUGGUCCAGAGAAGCCACUAUUUUUGAGAUCUAAAUCCUCAGACGAGGAGCCAUCCACCUCGAAGCACAAGCACAUAAAACAAGAAAAGAACAAUAGCAGCAACCGAGAGAGAAAGAAGGACAACAAGAGGUCCAAACAUCACCACCGUGAACAUAAAAGCCGAAGUAGGGAGUGA